AUGGUUGCUGAGUUUAUAUUGAGCCAGCAGCAUUUGAUGGGUGGGGGUGCUGCCAUGGGGCCAGGACCAACCCCCUCCAGAGUGCCGCCGCCGCAAAGGCCGCGCCUCUCAGUCUCACCACACUACCCUAUGGAUCAAUCUCCUUCUUCCAAUGGCUCAGCCGAACAUCAAGAUUUCAACUCAUUUGACUACAAUAAAAGAAAGGAGUUCUUCGGACAGCGUAAGCAAAGGGAGUUCAUCCCUGACAGCAAGAAAGAUGAUGGCUACUGGGACCGCAGACGGCGAAACAAUGAAGCCGCUAAGCGCUCCCGCGAAAAACGCCGUUUCAAUGACAUGGUUCUUGAACAACGAGUCGUCGAACUCUCAAAAGAAAACCAUGUGUUAAAAGCUCAAUUAGAUGCUAUUAAAGAAAAAUAUGGAAUCUGUGGAGAGGCGCUUAUCAGCAUCGACCAAGUCUUAGCCACAUUACCGACAUGCGAUCAAGUAUUGUGCGUUACAAAGAGAACUAAAUUAACAGGCAACGCUCUAUUUCCUGCCGCGCCACCUCCACCUCCUCCGAUACCUUCUGCAUCGCCGCCACCUCCGAUACCACAGCGUGCCCCCGAACCUUACCAGGAAAGGCUUCCAGCCCCUGAGGCUUAUUACCCUCACCCAGCCCACUACGAACCACCAGGUUCCGUUCUCAACCUUUCAAGAUCUCGCCGUGCUCCCUCACCUUAUGAACUCUCCUCCCUCUCGGGUUCCGGAGAUGAAACUGGUGAACAAUACGCCCACGAAAAUAAUGGACUCCCAUUAAAAUUACGCCACAAAUCACACUUGGGUGACAAAGAUGUUGCCAGCGCUCUUCUUUCCCUCCAACACAUCAAGCAAGAGCCAGGACCACGUUCAUCGCCUUCUUGGGAUGGUGAAGGGUCCAGUGACGAAAGGGACUCGGGGAUCUCACUGGGAGUCGAAUACAGACCGCAGCGACCUGUCAGCGACGAGAGGUUAGCAGAGGAAGAAGAUGCUCACCUUAAGGCCGAGCUAGCGCGGCUGGCUACUGAAGUCGCAACACUUAAAAACAUGAUGCACCAGAACAAGACUCGUGUUUUGGAACAUUGA